AUGAAUGAACAGAACGAACAGAACGAACAGAACGAACAGAACGAACAGAACGAACAGAACGAACAGAACGAACAGAACGAACAGAACGAACAGAACGAACAGAACGAACAGAACGAACAGAACGAACAGAACGAACAGAACGAACAGAACGAACAGAACGAACAGAACGAACAGAACGAACAGAACGAACAGAACGAACAGAACGAACAGAACGAACAGAACGAACAGAACGAACAGAACGAACAGAACGAACAGAACGAACAGAACGAACAGAACGAACAGAACGAACAGAACGAACAGAACGAACAGAACGAACAGAACGAACAGAACGAACAGAACGAACAGAACGAACAGAACGAACAGAACGAACAGAACGAACAGAACGAACAGAACGAACAGAACGAACAGAACGAACAGAACGAACAGAACGAACAGAACGAACAGAACGAACAGAACGAACAGAACGAACAGAACGAACAGAACGAACAGAACGAACAGAACGAACAGAACGAACAGAACGAACAGAACGAACAGAACGAACAGAACGAACAGAACGAACAGAACGAACAGAACGAACAGAACGAACAGAACGAACAAAACGAACAGAACGAACAGAACGAACAGAACGAACAGAACGAACAGAACGAACAGAACGAACAGAACGAACAGAACGAACAGAACGAACAGAACGAACAGAACGAACUGAAUGAACUGAAUGAGCUAAAUGAGCUGAAUGAACUGAAUGAACUGAAUGAACUGAAUAAACGGAAUGAAGCGAAUGAAGCGAAUGAAGCGAAUGAAGCGAAUGAAACCACGCUAUGCACCCACGAAGGGCAGACACCUACGUGCAAAUACUGCAACCAGACAGUACAUCACGGAACACCGUGUGCAGAAGAUGUUGAGGAGAAUGCAUCACAGCCAAUUCCCCACACAUCUUCGGAUAACUAA